ACACAACGAUCUUCCAUGGAACAUUCGCAAGUUCAGCCACAAUUUACUUCGCGAUUUGGAUCUGGACACGGACUUGCGCAAUGUCGCACCUUGGUCCCGCAGUCGGUUCAGUCACACAGAUCUGCCCAGGAUGCGUGAGGGACAUGUAGGCGGACAGUUCUGGUCCGCGUUCGUCCCUUGCUCGUCCCAAGGCAAGGAUGCAGUCCGUCUCACGCUGGAGCAGAUAGAUCUUAUUAGGAGAUUUGUGGAUGCUUAUCCGUCUACGUUGCAGUUUGCUACAUCGGCCAAAGAAAUUCUAGAAGCCCAUGCUAGCAGGCCUCGUCGAAUAGCAAGCCUAAUUGGAGUAGAGGGCGGUCAUUCAAUGGCCACCUCUCUGGCAGUUCUUAGAACAUUUUAUGAAUUAGGAGUGCGAUAUAUGACACUGACCCAUACGUGUCAUACGACGUG